CACUCUGUCUUUGUCCUUCUCUUUGUGUCUCUGUUUCUCUGACGGUCCUUCCGCCAGUCUCUAUUUUUAUCCUUCUGACACACCCCCUGUGUCCACCUCUCUGUCUGUCUGUCUCUCCCCCUCCCUCGUCUCAGGUCCAGCUUCUGGUCCCAAUUAGUUGGUGGCGGCCAAGGCAGCGGCAGGUCCCCCACCCCCGGCUCCUCAUUACCGCUGGCGGCUCCUAAUGAGCCUGGGGAGGGGUGACCCCGCGCCCCCGGCCCCCCGGCCUGCGUCACUGCUCGGCGCGGGGGCUGCGGAGGCGAUAUAAGGGGGCUGCCAGCGCCGCUGCCCGAGCCCACUGCGCGGUGAUGGAGGCCCGCCAGGUGUCCACGAGCCCUCGGGUUCGGCGGCUGCUGCUGCUCCUGCUGCUGCUGGUGCCCUGGGGCGUCCGCACUGUCUCGGGAGUCGCCCUGCCCCCCGCAGGGGUCCUCAGCCUCCGCACCCCAGGACGGGCCUGGGUGGAUCCCACCACCCCCCGGCCGCGGAGGAGCUUGGCGCUGGCGGACGACGCGGCCUUCCGGGAGCGCGCGCGGUUGCUGGCCGCCCUCGAGCGCCGCCACUGGCUGAACUCGUACAUGCACAAGCUGCUGGUGCUGGACGCGCCCUGAGCGCGCCGCCGGUCCCCGCCUUAAUAAAGACCCUGCCGUGCGCUCUGGA